AAUUGUGGCCAGCAACAUUUGCCAACUUCACGGAGCUCACUUAUUUGGGUCUCAAACGUAGAAUUUUGGACACGAUUCUGUGAUUUUACAGAGAAUAGGAUUUGUAAUGACAGGCAAAAGCCAAAUAUGUUCAAUAUGGGUCGGUUCGGAAACUGGAAUAUUAAAAGGAGUGAGUCUUGCAAAGAAGCAAGCUUUCAAUUUUUGUGAAUUGAAUAGCCUAAGUCGGGAUCAGGAAGUCUGUAUGCUGUGUUGGGGAGAUGCACAAGAAACCGAGGUGUUAGUUGGCUGUGCGAAUGGAGCCGUGAAGACUUUCAGCACAGAGAAGGGCAUCUUCACUGAGAGCAGGCAGUGUGGGGACGGCACGCAGGGCAAGUUCACUGGACUUGCUGUCACAGACAGUUCCUUGGUUACUUGUGUGGAGUCUGGGCUCGUGAAGAUCUGGAAGGAGGGGAGCACUGAUACAGUGGAAAUCAAUGCAGGAAGCAGUGUGUGUCGGAUGCGUCAGAACACAGCUCAGCGCCACCAUAUGGCUACCGGAGGAAAAGAGAAUCCACUUAAAGUCUGGGAUCUGGAAAGGCCUGACACCCCAAUUUUCAGUGCCAAGAAUGUCCGGAAUGACUGGCUCGACCUGCGCGUGCCGGAGUGGGUGAGAGACAUGGCCUUCAUUCCCGACUCAGAGAAGAUUGUCACCUGCACUGGACACCACCAGGUGCGAGUGUACGACCCUUCUUCCCCUCAGAGGAGACCUGUUCUGGAGGCACAGUUUGGGGAGUACCCCCUCACUGCCCUAUCCCUGCCUUCCACCCCCGGCUCUGUUGUCGUGGCCAACACGCAUGGUCAGGUGGCCAUCUUAGACCUGCGUAAAGGUCUGGUGCGCGGCUGUCUGAAGGGGCUGGCGGGCGCGGUGCGGGGGCUGCAGUGCCACCCGUCUCUGCCCCUGGUGGCCUCGUGCGGCCUGGAUCGAUUCCUGAGGGUACACAGCCUGGAGGACCGCAGCUUACAGCACAAGGUUUAUCUAAAGUCAAGGCUAAACUGCGUGCUUCUGUCCAACCGAGACCUUGAGGCCUGCCCUCCUGCAGACGGAGAGCAGGAGGUGAAAGAAGAAGACGGAGCGGGUGACGAAGUGUGGGACACCAUGGAAAAGGUGUCAGAAAAAACAAAAAAACGGAGAAUAGAGGAAAAGGCUGACAGUGCUCCAAAAAAGACAAGCACAAAGAGGAAAAAACCUGUGAAGAAAUAAAAACAAGGGGUGUCUGCUCGAAAUAAUGAUAUUGUGACUUAUGAAGAAGAGGAAAUCAUUUUCUGGCAGCAAGUCCUGAGCUUUGUUGCCUGGCUAAGCUUGUACCCUGACCAUUGGGUAGCAAAUAGUGGAUGAUGGACUGAUGAUGAUUUUAUAUAUACAUGUGCGUGUGUGCAUACCCAUGGUAUUGGUGUGACUCCUCAAAGAUAUGUUAGCUUUUAUAUUUCAUAUCAAAUGUAUAUGCACGUUCUAGGAGUGGACACGUGAGGGAUGUGCACGAUAAUGUAAACUGCCACAAAUGUCAGCAAUGAUCAUUUACCAGUUCCAAAAAUAGUAAAAAGCACCAUUGUUUUAAUGGAAGCAAUUUUAUUACUGUCUGGGAGGGUAGAGGAUGGUUGUUAUUAGGGUGGGGCCUACUGUCAAUGAACCACCAAGGUCAUUAUAUAUGGUCAAUUAAUGGCUUUUCGAGUAAUAUCACGGUCAAAGUGGACAUGAUCAAUCCUAGUGUAUACUAAUUGGCUGUUAGCAUUGUUACAUUCAUCCAAUAAAAUAUUCUAAAGUAA